AAAGAAACCUUUUCAACUUGACGCACGCACACACUCACACAUGCACCACAUGGACCCACACAAACGCACAAACCGAAAAAAAAGCAGUGAGUUUGACAGUAAGUUUUGAUGGUAUCAGUGUUGGCCCAAUGUAGACACAAGACAGUGACGACAAGAGGAGCGAGAAAAAAAACAACUUCGUAAUAACACAGUAACAGCAGCAGCAACAGCAGCAGCAAAAAAAAUAUAUCUAAAAUGGUGGUCAUAAUGGCACCUACUGCGAAACAAUUCACAUUCACCCGUGUGUGCAGCAGACAGUUUCGUUGAUUUUCGGUGAUUUCCAAUAUUCCUGAAGUGUAUUCGCAUAACAAUAAAAAAAAAUCGUGUUAAAAUAGACAAUUGAAUUGGAAACUAACAACGACACGAACCAAAAAAUACGGUGGAAAAAAAAAAAUGGGAAAAUGCAUCACAACUCGAAAUAGACAGACUUUGACUGUUAAACAGCAGCGAUAGUAAAUAAGCAGAGUUCUUCUUUUUUUUCUUCUCUGUGACAAAAACAAAGGAUCGACUGAGUUUAAGUGAAUCAUUUUUUUUGGCGUAUGUAAAACGAGCAACAACAAAAAAUAGACCGAAGAAAAACGAACGGAAAGAAAAGAUGUUGGUUUUCAAACUGAGUUCGUUGUUGCGAGGCCAAACGAUACUCGAACACCGUCGACGCAAAUAAUAAUGCAAGUGCAACCGUGGCCAAAAAGCUGACAUACAAUUAAGACAAUUUCGAUAUACAUAUUCGGCGAGAGCGAGAGCGAGAGCGGCGCCAGCAGCUUUGUGUAUUUUAGUUCAUAGUUUAGUUUAAUUUUUUUAGUUUUUCUUUCCUUUUUCGUCGGUUUUAUUUUUUCUUCGGUCGUUGAUUUUCAUUUUCCAACCUAAAAUCAAUCAAUUCAUACGAGAGACGGCCGCAACAGAGUGUGUGAAAAAUGAUAAAUUUUGGUAAUAAUAUGAUGCAUGCGGAUCAAUUUCGCAAGAUGGAAACAUACUCACCGAAAUCGUCACCGCGCGGCGGACGAUCGCCGAUCGUAUCGCGCCAAGAUUCAUCCGGCACUCUGAAAAUGAACAUUUCACUUGGCAAAAUUCCAUCGAUCGUACACAGCGGACCAUUCUAUCUAAUGAAAGAUCCACCAGGUGGAAGUGAAUUGACGGGUGCAACAAAUUUAAUGGCAUAUUAUGGAUUAGAACACUCAUAUAGUAAAUUUAGUGGGAAAAAAGUGAAGGAGCAAUUGUCGUCAUUUUUACCAAAUCUCCCGGGUGUUAUCGACGGUCCCGGCCAAAUCGAUAAUAGUUCAUUGCGUAGUGUAAUUGAGAAGCCGCCGAUUGGUGGGAAGGAGCUGUUGCCGUUGACAAAUGUACAGUUGGCUGGUUUUCGUUUGCAUCCGGGUCCACUACCCGAGCAAUAUCGUUAUUUGAAUACAACACCGGUGCGAAAGCAUAAAAAAUACAAGAAACAUCGUCAUAAGGAUAGUUCAGUGCCAAUGCCAGCGAUGCAAACGGAUUUAGUAGCUGAGCCACAUGAAAAGAAGCAUAAAAAGCAAAAGCGUCACGAAGACGAUAAAUCGGAGCGAAAAAAGCGCAAGAAGGAAAAGAAACGAAAGAAACAGCGCCAUACGCCCGAGCCACCUGCCACAACGGUGAUCAGCAACAGUAUCAUCGGAUCGAACAAUCCAAGUGGUGUGCCCAGUUUCCCUGGACCACCAACCGGAUCAUUUUGAUCAUUCGCCUAAACGAACAAUUUAUGUGUAAUUAAAAAACAAAAAUCCAUUGUGUACAUAAGGAAACCAGAACCCGCGUCUAGCUCUCACAAACUUACAUACCCACAAAUACAACAACACAUUCAAUUCCAUGGUAGUUACUCACAUGCAGCUUCCCAAACGAUUCAAAUCGAAUGGAAAACUUAAAUUUUGCAUCUCCUCCGCAAUUUUUAAGUGAACACUCACCUCCCUCCUCCUCUCAGAACAAUGAAUUCAACACAUCCAUUCACACACAUAACCCAACCUAAGAAUCUAUUCACACAAAAACCCAAACCCAAGAGGAGAGGAAAAAAAACGGAAAAAUAACUCCAUUUGUUAUUAGACUAGCAAUCUUUAAGAUAAACUGAAAUCAAUUUUCGUAUCGAAAGGACAACAACAACAAAUUAUUAUUUAUAACGAAAGGAAAAAUACAAUAAAAAGUAUAAGACUCUACAAAUGAAAAAUAAA